CAGGACCCUGCAUUCACUAUAUCUGGUCUCCCACAGACCCUUCAUUCACUAUAUCUGUUCUCUCACAGACCCUACAUUCACUAUAUCUGGUCUCCCACAGUACACAUAAUAUGGAAAUGCAAUUAUUUUAGUAAAUAUAAACGGCUAAAUACCUUUUCUUGUCAGCAAUAUAUAGCAGUCUUGUGACUUCUAGCAGUGUCCAGCAGAGCACAUGUUAAAGCUUGUAGGAGUUUUCAUUUUGCUGUAG